GUCGACAGUGAGACCUGUGUUAUCGUAUCGAACGAGAUGCGAGCGACUCGUAUGCGCCGACGUCGCUCUCUCAUAUCGCGCUUAAUUUUACAACCUGACUAUUACUCAGGUUUUUGGAAACUACAGACGAAUAACUACGGAUUAAACGUAUAGUCGCCUUCGGGUGGCGGUGGUGUACAGUGAAGUGUGUGAUAUAAGCAGUGAGCCCGAGGACUUUUACUGACUCUCACUUUUCUGGGCCCGAGUGAACAUGAUUACGAGUACUGAAAACAUCAGCUGUGUCAACGAGCUCACCAGGUCCAAUAUACGUUUGACGGGCUUUCAAAAACAAAAGACAUGGAAGGAAAAACCUAAAAAAAUAAUUAAAUACGCUAAAAAUAUUUUAAGAGAGACGACGGUUGAACCAUGCUUGUUUAUUUACAUGUUGUGCACCGCUAUAUCAUCUUUAGCUGUCAUGAAUAUGCACCUGGAUAAGGCUUGCAGGGUAAAUUUAGAUUAUGGGACUGACAUUUGUGAUCGUAUCUCUAGAAGAAAUACUUCCGGCCUCGAUAAAGAAGAAAAAGAAAUUCAGUCGCUGGUAUCCGCAGUGGUAGCAUGGAAGUUCCCUCUUCAGACAGCGAUACCGGCAGCAAUGGUGCUCUUUGUAGGAGCGUGGAGUGAUAAGUAUAAAAAGAGGAAAAUAUGUAUUUUAUUUCCAUUUAUUGGAGAGAUUAUUUGCAAUAUUGGGCUAUUGUUCGCAACGUAUUUCUUCAAGGAAUUGUCGCUGACAGCGACCGCUUUGAUCGAAGCGUUGCCUGCGGCGUUUACUGGCGGCUACAUCAUCAUAUUUAUGGGAAUGUUCAGCUUUAUGGCCGAUAGAACUACGAUAGAAAAUAGAACAUUUCGCUUGGGACUCGUAACGAUAUGUGUGACGGCGGGAACUCCGACCGGGACAGCUUUAAGUGGUAUAUUAUUGCGUGCGAUGGGGUAUUAUGGUGUGUUCUCAUUAUUAUUGGUGUUGUACACUAUAUCAUUUGUAUAUGGUUUGUUCAGACUUGAAGAUAUAGUGCCUCCGGAUGAGGAGAAGACUUUUAAUGAUAUUGAGAAAAGUAAACGGAGGAAUUUGUUGAAGGAAGUGCUAGAACUUGUUGGAAAUACUGUGAUGGUAGCUGUGAGGCCUCGUGCUUUAGGAGGCAGGGCGCAAAUAUUUUGUGUGUUAUUAUUAUACCUGCUUAUGGUUGGACCACUUUACGGUGAUUCACAAGUGGCUUAUCUGUACGUGAUACGAAAAUUCGGGUUCACAGAAGUGGAAUAUAGCGUUUAUGGUACUAUAAACAUUGUACUCGGCAUCUUUGGAACCUUAUUCUGCGUAUACAUUCUUAGUCAAAGACUGAACGUGCAGGACAGUGCCAUUGGAGCCCUCGCGGCAACUAGCCGAAUAGCCAGCUGUUUCAUGUUUGCAUUUGCGCCGACAAGACCGUGGUACUAUUCGGCGCCUAUCCUGAACAUCUUCAGCCAUACAGGCCUGACUGCCAUCAGGUCAAUAGCUACAAAAAGUGUUCCCACUGAAGAAGUUGCAAAACUGAAUGCAUUAAUAGGAGUGACGGAAGCUAUAGCCCCGUCAAUAUAUAUGCCAUCAACUAGUUACAUCUACGUGCAGACCAUCUCAUCUUUCCCUGGUGCCUUCUACAUGUUCGAUGCCGUCUUAACUGUUGUUGCUUUAGGACUAUUUCUGGCCAUUUACCUACUGGUAAGGAGAAGAAUGAGGGUGACCGUCACGGAUCCACAAAAGAAAGAAGAAUUUGCAAGAACCAAUGAAGUUUCACGGUUUUAGUUACCGCCAUUCUAAUGAUAAUUUAGGUAGUAAAACAAAAUGAUCUGAAUA